AUGCGAUACAACAUUUCUAGGCUAUUCGCCUUACUGGGCAUUGCGUCCACUGCUCAUGCUGUGACCCUUACAGUAUCCACUGCGCAAGGCAAUGCAACUAGUCCUAUCUUGUAUGGCCUUCUAUAUGAGGAUGUCUAUCACUCUGGCGAUGGAGGUCUAUACUCAGAGCUAAUCCAGAAUCGUGCCUUUCAAGGCACUUCUGUGUUCAAUAACCAGGGCCCGUAUCAGACUCUUCAGUAUUGGCACACCAGGGGAUCGGAUACUCUGACUCUCGAUAAUCAGGCGCCACUGUUAACCAGUGCUCUCCCUUGGCAGAUGCGUGUAGAUGUCGCAAACGGAGCAACUGGCGCAACUGGCUUCUGGAACGAAGGGUAUGCAGGCAUGAAUAUAACAACCGCCACUCGCUAUGCAGCCAAUUUCUACCUCCGAGGCAAUUACAAGGGGCAAAUCUUGGCCGCUUUCUGGAGCAAUACAACAAACUCUAUGCUUGGCAGCACCACCUUUCAAGUCGACCAAACAGAGGCCAAUGGCUGGGUCCCUUAUGCGCAAACUUUCACCACGCAAUUUUCUGCACCAGAUGAGAAAAAUACGUUCCACCUAACCUUUGAUGGUGCCAGUACUGCAGGUCAAAGCCUCCGUUUCCAGAUGAUUAGUGUUUUCCAGCAGACGUACAAGAACUCAAACAAUGGACUUCGGAUGGACCUUGCCGAGGCUCUCAAUGAACUAGGUGGCAAGUUUCUUCGCUUCCCAGGAGGCAACAACCUGGAAGGAAUUGCUUCUCCGUAUAGGUGGAAAUGGAAUGAAACAAUUGGGCCAAUCAUCAACCGUCCUGGACGUCCGGGAACAUGGGGCUAUGUCAAUACCGAUGGCCUCGGGCUUUUGGAAAUGAUGCAGUGGUGCAUUGACAUGAAUCUCGAACCGUUACUGGCUGUUUGGGGCGGGCUGUAUCUGGACGGCGAGAUUAUCUCCGAAGCAGACAUAGGAGCAUAUGUCGAAGAUGUUCUCAACGAGCUGGAGUUUCUUUUGGGCCCAUCAACCUCACAUUGGGGCAGCGUUAGGGCUUCGCUGGGUUACCCAAAUCCCUUUACAAUCAACUACAUCGAAAUUAGCAACGAAGAUUUCCUCAACGGCGGUAUCCCAAGCUAUGUCGGCUAUCGCUUUAACGCGUUCCACGACGCCAUCAAGAAUGCGUACCCGAAUAUGAAGAUCAUUUCGUCCAUUUGGUCCGGGUAUUUCACCAACCCCUCUAUGCCUGCUGGCGUCAUUCAGGACCUCCAUGAUUAUCUCUCCGUGGAUGAUAUGGUCAGCAAGUUUAAUGGCUACGACCACGCCCCUCGCAAUCAGCCUGUCCUGGUGGGUGAAUACGCUGCCAUCUACGACGCAGAGCACACCAACCCAAACCAGCUAGAUAACCCAACAUUGCAAUCGGCAACGUCCGAGGCUGUUUAUUUUCUGGGCCUUGAGAGAAACUCGGAUGUCAUUGUUGGAAUAUGCCAUGGCGCACUGAUCAAGAGUCUCCAUGACGAGCCAGACAACGUCGCCAUCAUCAAACACACUCCUAAUGCUCUCGUCCGAUCCAUGAGUUACUACGUAUCUAAGCUCUUCUUCACCAACGUUGGCACACAGACCGCCGCAGUCUCUGGGAAUGUGGGGUAUGGGCCACUGUACUGGUCUGCGACGAAAAAUGAUGCGGGAACGUACUUUGUGAAGAUUGUCAACUAUAAUGGCGCAGCUUCAACUCCGGUCACAGUGGUCAUUCCAGGGAAGACGGGAGUCGCAACUUUGAAGACUGUAACUGCUCCAGAUCAAUACAGUACCAAUUCGCUUGGGAAUACGCAGAGUGUUUGGACCGAGACGCAGUCGUUUAGUCAUUACGAGAAUUGA